ACUCCGGUGGAUCGUAAAAAAAAAAAAAAAAAGUUUCAACAACACCGGCCCGGACCAAUCGCCGGGCGGAAAGCCGGGAGAGGGGGCCGAGCCGGGGGCCAAAAAGCGGAGGAGAAAGCGCGGAGCGGGCGAGAGAAAGCGGGCGGAGGGCGGGCGGCUGUUUUUGUUUGUUUGCUCGGCCGUGCAUGCGUAAUGAGGGGGGACCGGGCCGCGCCGCCGCCGCCACCAUCAUCAUCACCAUCAUCGUCGUCGCCGCCGCCGCCGCCGCCGCCGGGGGACUUUUGUAUUUAAAGGCUCGCGGGGAACGGGAGCCGCAGACGGGAGCCGCCGAGCGGCUCGGCCGGGAGCGAGGCGCGGGACCGGCGAUCGCCGAGGUGGGGUAGCGGAACUCGGGGCUCCGCGGCCCGCCCGCCGGCCCACCGGCCGGCGCGAGGGAGGGUCUGGCCCCAGCAGCGGCCGGAGGAGCGGGGGGUGCGGGGGCCGGCGCCCCGGAGAGCGGAGCGGGAGGGGAGCGAGGAGGAUUUCGCCUGCAGGGACCGAGCCGGCGAAGCGCCGAGGACGGCCGGCGAGUGCGAGAGACGGAGACGGAGUAGAGGGGGGCGGCCUCCCUGCCCGCGACCACCCGGCCCCGCCACGGAUCCGGCCCGAGAGAGAGCGCGAUGAGCGGCCGCGGAGCGCCCCUCCGGUUGGCGAGCCCGCCCGGCGCGGCCCGGGGCCCCCCGGGCCGGCCCUGAGCCCCCCGCCGCCCGUUCGGUGGGAAGGGGGUUUAGAGGAGGGAGCUGGGGGGGGACGUCUCUGCCCCUGCCUUUUUUUUUCCCAAACCGCCCUCCCCCGUCCCCCGGUGGCCGGCUGAGGCUUCCCCGGGCCCCCGGCGGGGAGCCCCGCGCCGCCGCGCCGAUGGAUUGAUGCGCCGACUCGGGCGGAGUCGGGGCCAACUCCGCCCCGGCGUCCCCCGGUCCCUCGCCGCCUCCUCGUCGGCCGCUUUCCCCUCCUUCUCCUCCCGCUGGCGGUGCCCCAGCCACUGCAUCUCGGCCCUCAUCCAGCUGAACCACACGAGGAGGGGCCCCGCCUUGGAGGACUGUGACUGCGCGCAGGACGAGAACUGCAAGUCGACCAAGCGCGCCAUCGAGCCGUGCAUGCCCCGGACGAGCGGAGGCGGCGGCGGCGGCGGGGCGGGCGGCGUCAUGGGCUGCACCGAGGCCCGGCGGCGCUGCGACCGCGACGCCCGCUGCAACGUGGCCCUCCACCGCUACCUGGCCUACUGCGGCAAGCUCUUCAACGGGCUGCGCUGCACCGACGAGUGCCGGGCGGUCAUCGAGGACAUGCUGGCCGUGCCCAAGGCGGCGCUGCUCAACGACUGCGUGUGCGACGGGCUGGAGCGGCCCAUCUGCGAGUCGGUCAAGGAGAACAUGGCCCGCCUCUGCUUCGGCGCCGAGCUGGGCGCCGGGCCCGGCAGCAGCGGCUCCGACGGCGGGCUCGACGACUACUACGACGAGGACUACGAGGACGAGCCGCGGGCCGGCCCGCCGGACGAGGAGGACGGGGCCCCCCACUACCACGGGCGGGGCGGGGCGGCGGCGGGCGGGGAGCGGCCCGAGCGCCACGGCGACGGCGGCAGGAGGAACGGAGGCUCGACGGCCGGGCCGGCCUGGACUCUGCUCGCCCCCAACCUGGCGCUGCUCCUCUUCCGCCCGCCCUGGUAGCCGGCCCCGACCCCCUCCCGCUCCCCCUCGGCCUUCCCCCGGCCGACCCCGGCC